AUGAAGACUACCGGAAUCCUUUCAGGUGUCUUUGCCCUCCUGGUAGCAUCCGCCGUUGCUGUACCCACUGAUUACUACCCUCCCAGCGGCAAUGGAAACAACAACGGCAGGGGACAUGGAAAGGGCGGGAACGAUAGGGAUUGCCAGAAUGGACCAUUUAAGUUCACCUCGACCUACAAUGUCGUCGCCACACCAGACCAGGUUGUUAACGGCACAACACCCACAGGUGGUCUCCCCGGCUGCACAGGGUUCUUUGACUAUGGCAUAAAUUCCGAUUUAAAUCUGAUUUGCUGGAAUAUCAAGCUUGUCGAUUUCCGAGGCGAAUAUCAAUCACCCGCCCGAACUGCGACUCACAUCCACCAAGGAGCAAGGGGUGCAAGUGGGCCUUUCACCACCGGCAUCCUUGCAAAUGGUACUGAUACUGGCACUGGGUUCACGGUUAAGCAGAUUGAAGAUAACCCGUCUGGCUUCUUCACCGACGUGCACUCCAGCCUUGCGCCACCAGGGGCUGUUCGUGGACAGUUAGCAUAG